GAGACCCCCACUUCACGCUUCGCCUCCUCGUCUUCCUCAAAGUUUCCAUUCCGAGCUGCUAAAAUCUCUAUCCAACCCUCUCUCUCUUAAUUUCUUUCCAAAUUUUCUGGGUUUUUUCUUCGUUCCCUUCUCCGGGCUUCGAGGUCGUCGAUGGAGAUCUAGGGAACGUGCGAGAAAUGAUCGAACCCUCGUUUUGUCCACCAUUCGAUGCUUCCCGAUCGGUUCUGGGUUUGAAAUGCAAAUAAUAGUUUAAAAUGUUUCACAAGAGCAAGUUCAAGUUGGCUGCACUUGUGGGUAUUGCCUUAUCCGUGGUGUCUUUGCUGGUGCACCUUCUUCUUGCUAAUUAUUCAACUGGGGACUUUAUACAGUACAAGUUACGAGAGGAUGAUUUCUAUCAAAUUGGACAAAAGUAUAGGUAUCGAAAGCUAUGGGGUCCUGUAACCUCUUUGGAAACCUUGCAGCCAUAUGCUAAUCCUAGAACCUUCUAUCCUGUUCUGAAAGAGCAGAAUGGUUUCAUAUAUGCUAAGAUAUAUGGUGGCUUUGCUAAGAUAAGAUCUUCGAUCUGUGAUCUUGUCGCCAUCGCCAGGCUUUUGAAUGCCACCUUAGUCAUUCCAGAGAUUCAAGAAAGUCUUCGCUCAAAAGGCAUCAGUACCAAAUUCAAGAGUUUCUCUUAUCUUUACAACGAGGAACAGUUUAUUGCCGCACUUUCUAAUGAUGUCAUUGUUGUAAAGAGCUUGCCAAAUGAUUUGAAGGAGGCUAGGAAAAAGACCAAGUUUCCUACAGUUUCACCUCGAAACUCAGCCCCACCAAGUUUCUAUCUCACAGAAGUGUUACCUAAACUUAAACGAUCAAAAGUUGUUGGAUUAAUAAUCAAUAAUGGUGGAUGCCUUCAGUCUGUCCUUCCAGAAAGUAUGGCAGAGUAUCAGAGACUCAGGUGCCGUGUUGCUUUCCAUGCCCUUCAGUUCCGCCCAGAAAUUCAGGUGCUUGGGAACCAAAUUGUGGAGAGAUUACGAGCAUUUGGUCGUCCAUAUCUAGCAUAUCACCCUGGUCUUGUGAGAGACACCCUAGCAUUUCAUGGCUGUGCUGAGCUUUUCCAGGAUGUUCACACUGAACUAAUACAAUACAGAAGGAACCAGAUGAUCAAACAUGGAAUGGUUCAUGAAGGACUUAGUGUUGAUUCAGUGGCUCGAAAGAAAAAUGGCUCAUGCCCUCUCAUGCCUGAAGAGGUGGGGCUUCUCCUUAGGGCAAUGGGAUAUCCUCCAAAUACAAUAAUAUAUGUGGCUGGUGCUGAAACAUUUGGUGGGCAAAGGAUUUUAAUUCCUUUGCGAGCCAUGUACACAAACUUAGUGGAUCGUACUUCUAUGUGCAGUAAGAAAGAGCUGUCCAGUUUGUUUGGACCCGAAUACCCUCUUCCUUCAAAUCUGCAUCAACCCCCUCCUGUGAAAAGUGAGAAACAACUUAUUGAAGAGUGGAAAAGAGCUGGGCCUCGGCCACGACCACUUCCUCCACCUCCUGCUAGGCCUUUUUAUCAGCAUGAGAAGGAAGGUUGGUAUGGUUGGGUUGCCGAGACUGAUAAAGAGCCAGACCCUUUGCCUUUGGAUUUGAGGAUGCAAGCUCACAGGUUGCUCUGGGAUGCUCUUGAUUAUUAUGUUUCCAUUGAAGCUGAUGCAUUCUUUCCUGGAUUUAACAAUGAUGGGAGUGGGUGGCCAGAUUUUUCAAGCUUGAUUAUGGGGCACCGACAAUACCAAACAGCUUCUGGCAUAACAUACCGCCCUGACAGGAAAAUUAUUGUUGAGCUUUUUGAAACUAACCGUGACAAUCUAUAUCAUCCAAAACGCAACUGGACGGUUCUUGUGCGGGAUCACCUCAACAAGAGUUUAGGUGCGGAUGGCUUCAUAGCAGAGGCCCAAUUAUCAAAACCUGCAUCAUUCCUUUCUCAUCCAUUGCCAGAAUGUUCCUGUAGAACAUCCACAUUGCCCGACAAUUCUAACCUUGUGAAGGGCCAAAAUGGUGAACUGUUAUAUGGUGGCGAGGACAGGUGCCCAGACUGGAUGGUUCAUGGCCUUUCAAUGGUUUCUGCAAGGGCCACUGGUGGAAAAGAUGAGGAAGUUGAGGAGGGCGAGUUGCCUGAGGAUGACAGCGAUGUGGAUGGGGACACCGAAAAUGGAAGCAGAAUUGAUGCAAACAGACCUGAACAGGAUGAAGAGAUGGAUCCUGAUGAUUAAAAUUUUAAGCAUAUACAUACUGAAAAACAACUUUUAUCAUGUGGACUCUACAAGCGCGGCAUGACUUGAAGAUUAUGUCAAGCUCCUGGAAAUAUAACAAAGCUGCAAAUGUUGCAAGGAUUCUCUCUUUCCACAAGAGGAUCAAUUACGGCAAAGGCUUAACUGGAAGUCGCUUGCUGUCAGAUCUUCGGCAUACAGCGUCGAUGCAGAAAUUAACCUCAUCAAAAAUUUUCCUGGCCUCCCAAUGAUUCCUUGUCUGAUUUGUAUAUUUGUAAGUGAAAAUAUCGUUGGGAACUUGUCAUUCAUGAGUAUGGUGUUUGUGUUGCCGAGGCAGGAGGAUUCUCAUAUAUGAAACCCAUAUGGAGACAAGGAUUCUUGUAUGCAUUUCUUUUCUUUGGACUUCUAGCAACUAACCAUAAUUGUUUCAUUUUGUAGAAAAAAAAGCACUACUGAUUGGGGACCUUGGAUAUUGGAUCAUCAUUUGAGUGGCCUCUUUCUUUGCAUUGAUGCAGGAUUGGGACAUUUCAGUCUUGGGAGUCGGUCUUACAUUCUCUGCUAUGGAAUCCCAUUCUCUUGUUUUGUGAUGUUUGCAUUCUUUGAUCAAGCAUUAUCAGCUGCACUGAAAUACAUUGAUAUUAACUUAAAAUUAUUAUUACUUUUAUUUGUCAA